AUCACUUAGAUCCAAAAGACCUGAUCCAUGAGAAACGCCAUAGGGCGUCCAACACAAGUAAUGACUGUCGUAUUCGGGUUUUCAAGAAUUCUCAAACAUUCAGAUACCUCAAUACUAUGAGAUCCUAAACAUCACUAACCUUAGCACGAGAUUACGCAGACCCGCGCAUCCUUCUCCCUCGGAGUCAUAUGGUCAAGAAGCUUCAGCAUAAUUACCAACAUGGCAGCCGUGGUCGAUAUGACCCUACAGUGGCAGGACCAAAAGGUAGUAAAGGUCGAUGGACGCUGGAUGGUUAAAGACCAUCCUCUGAGCAAGCGCGAAACCGUGUAUCAACAUCAGCCUUCUAAUAUCCCUGGAAUGACUCUUAUCGGCGUGAAAAGCACCUUUCCAGUCAACGCUGCAGUUCCUCCUCAUAGGCAUGGAGGAGCAGCAGUCACUGCCAAUGUCAUCCAAGGACGUGUCUUGAACCAGAUGAUAUGUGGUGAUGAAAGCCAUGGACCUGUCAUACAUUGCGCAGGAGAAAGCUGGUAUGAGCCUCCAGGAUGUCAUCAUGUUAGAUGUGAAAAUGCUGGGGACGAAGAAGCCGUGUUUGUGGCGAACUUCGUCAUCGAGACAAGAAAACUAAAAGAGCUUGGGGUCGCUGACGCUUUGGUUCAGAUUGAUGCCGAGGAAGAGGAGAACAAGCGGAAGCAGGGGAAGGGAAACCAGUGAGCACCCACUAUGAGAGCGACGACAAAUGAUCAGGUACUACGUUUGAUUGCUACGUUGAUAGUCGAGGUCUUCCAGGAAUGUAUGAGAAAUCUUAUCUCCGUGUAUACGCACUAGACCAGGCAGCAAGAGAACACGAGAGCAAUGAUAGGAGACCACUACCAGGAUAGAAUGUUCAUACGGCUGUAAUGCAAUGGC